GUGUAUUUGGAAAACAGCGAGGUGUCUGGGGAAGACUCGGGACCGCGUUUCAGCAGUUGUUGUUGUUGUUGUUGUUGUUUAAAUAGGUCCGCGGUCUGAUCAUGUUGCAGGUGUUUGUGGAUCUGAUGUCGCAGCCAUGUCGAGCUCUCAUCAUCUUUCUCACCGUGAAUAAAAUCCCACACACUGUUCGCACUGUAGCGCUGCGGAAAGGACAGAACAGGACUCCAGAGUUCAUAAAACUGAACCCAAUGCAGAAAGUUCCAGUCAUGGAAAAAGAUGGCUUCAUCCUCACAGAGAGUGACGCCAUACUCAAAUACCUGACUGCAGCCUACAGGGUCCCGGACCACUGGUAUCCACAGCAAACGCAGAAGAGGGCUAGAGUUGACGAGUACAUGGCCUGGCAUCACAUGAACACACGCCUCCAUGCCUCUAAAGUGUUCAUUACAGAGGUGUUAAUACCACGGUUGUCAGGAAAACCGGUGGAUGAUGUUAAACUGCAGCGUGCGCUGUGGGACCUGGAAACAACGCUUGACAAACUGGAAACGAUGUUCCUGAAGGAUACUGACUUCCUGUGUGGUGAUGACCUCACGCUGGCUGACCUGCUUGCUGUCUGUGAGCUCAUGCAGCCCUUGGCUGGAGGAAGAGACGUUUUGAUGAAUCGGCCAAGGCUGCAGGAGUGGAAGAGUCGAAUUCAGUCUGUACUCGGUGAUUCGUUUGACCAAGCACAUAAAAUCCUUUAUAGAGUGAAAGAUAAACAUAUCAGCAAACUCUAAUACACACACACACACACACACACACACACACACACACAGAAGAUGGGUCUCACUAUAGGGCAGAUGAUUUAGCAGAUCAAAUAACACCUAAGAAAUUACUUUGAGACAAAAAACAUUACAGAGAAUAAAUCUUUUUAAAACUUCAGUUUCAGGUUGUGAUGAAAAAAAGUGUCGCUGCUGCUCAUUAAAGUUUAUUAUAAACUAAUUAAAAUAUUCAUACAGUUUAAAAUACUUUCCAUGUGUGAUGUCAUUUUAAAUAAAAACUUGAAUCUUG